AUCGACGGAAGCCUGGAUGCCAGUGGUGUUACCAGAGGGGAUGCACCGGGACGAGGUCGUUAGCAUGCUAACUUAAGUAAAGGAAAAGAAGUUAAACUGAAACAAACCCAGAGUUAACAUUGGUGUUGUGUCCCACUGCUGGAGACACCUCUUGGCGAGUAAAGGAAUUAAGUUUGAUGCUGAACUCACAAUGUUUCUCCUCGACUGGCGCUGGAUACGGGGCGAUUUGUGAUCGACCAAACAAGCAGCUCGAUGAAUAUGGCGUGUAUUGGGGACGCGGACCCUUUCACCGCUGCGAUACCUGCCACCAAAGUUGAACUCACGGUUUCUUGUAGAAAUCUUCUGGACAGAGACACGUUCUCCAAGUCUGAUCCAAUUUGUGUGCUGUACACUCAAGGAAUAGCCAACAGAGAAUGGAGAGAGUUUGGCAGAACAGAAGUCAUAGACAACACCCUCAACCCUGACUUUGUUCGCAAAUUCAUCCUGGACUAUUUCUUUGAGGAGAGACAGAAUCUACGCUUUGACCUGUAUGAUUUAGACUGCAAGAGCGACAACCUCUCUAAACACGAUUUCCUGGGCCAGGCUUUCUGUACACUGGGUGAAAUAGUUGGUUCCCUGGGAAGCCGCCUGGAAAAGCCUUUGAUUGGGAUCCCAGGGAAGAAAUGUGGCACCAUCAUUGUGAGAGCAGAAGAGCUGAGCAACUGCAGGGAGUCGGUGAUGCUGCAGUUUUGUGGCAACAAGCUGGAUAAGAAAGACUUCUUCGGAAAGUCAGAUCCUUUCCUCGUCUUCUACCGCAGUAACGAAGACGGAUCGUAUACCAUCUGCCACAAAACAGAAGUGGUGAAGAAUACUCUGGAUCCAGUGUGGCAGGCUUUUAAAAUUCCUGUCAGGGCGCUGUGUAACGGAGACUAUGACAGGAGCAUUAAGGUGGAGGUGUAUGACUGGGACAGAGAUGGAGGCCACGACUUUAUCGGUGAAUUCAGCACCAGCUACAGAGAAAUGUCCAGAAGCCAGUCACAGUUUCACAUCUAUGAGGUGCUAAAUCCAAAGAAAAAGGGAAAGAAGAAGAAAAAGUACCUAAACUCAGGAACGGUCACCCUCCUGUCCUGCCUGGUGGACACUGAACUCUCCUUCCUGGACUACAUCAGAGGCGGGACUCAGAUUAAUUUCACAGUUGCAAUUGAUUUCACAGCAUCAAAUGGCAACCCGUCCCAGCCCACCUCGCUCCAUUACAUGAGCCCGUACCAGCUGAACGACUACGCCAUGGCGCUGCGGGCCGUCGGAGAAAUCAUCCAGGACUAUGACAGCGACAAGAUGUUUCCUGCGCUGGGCUUUGGAGCCAAGCUUCCCCCAGAUGGACGGGUCUCGCAUGAGUUUGCCCUGAAUGGUAAUCCGCAGAACCCCUACUGCAAUGGCAUUGAGGGGGUGAUGGAGGCCUAUUACCAGAGUCUGAAAUCUGUGCGUCUCUACGGACCCACCCACUUCUCCCCUGUUAUUAACCAUGUGGCCAGGUAUGCGUCAGCAGUGACAGACGGCUCACAGUACUUCAUCCUGCUCAUCAUCUCUGAUGGUGUGAUCACAGACAUGGCACAGACCAAGGAAUCUAUAGUCAAUGCCGCAUCUCUGCCCAUGUCAAUUAUAAUAGUCGGGGUUGGACCAGCGGAAUUUGAUGAAAUGAUUGAGCUGGACGGGGACGAGGAGAGGAUCUCAUCCCAAGGACGAUAUGCCGAGAGGGACAUUGUUCAGUUCGUUCCUUUCAGAGACUACAUCGACCGGCGAGGAAACCACAUCCUCAGCAUGGCCCGUCUGGCUAAAGAGGUGCUCGCUGAAAUUCCCGACCAGUUCCUGUCCUACAUGAGGACCAGAGGCAUCAAACCUGGGCCCUUGCCACCUCCUUACACCCCCUGUCCACCACCAGCUAUCCACCCCCUUCUCGCCAGACGGGUAAGCCGAAUUUAAAGGCUGAGGCCUCACUUCAACGCGGGCCAGCCGACUCUACUGGCCUCUGCUCUCUUCUUCUCUGCUUCUUCUUCUUCCUACUCUUCACUGGAAGCUUUUGAGCACACGGCGAACCUCGGCCUGCUCUCUCAUGUCGCGCUCUCGGAAAUGUUUGACCGUGUGCAGUGAUGCGGAUUAACCCAGAGUGGGACUUUUUUAGCAGAAGGGACUUUUCCCUUACUGGACUAAGCUGGGGGUUUUGAAGAGUCGUGGUCGUGCGGGGGUCUGGGAUCACCUAACUGCACCAGAAAGAGUGAACAGGACAGAUAACUGACCACUUGCAGCUGUCCGACUGAAAGGGUCCAAACUGUGGAGGCCCUUUUUUCAAACACUGUUCAUCUGUUUGCUAUUUCUAUUUCCACUUCUUCUGUCUUUCACAAAAUCAUGUCUUUCUCUGAUAUAUAAAUGUUUACAACAUUGAGGACGGGGGUGAAUAAAUUUUUUCAGGAGGUAAUUUAUACCAAUCAAUGUGAAAAACCUUUCAGAUUCCUAUUUUUUCGGCUGCAGAAACUGGAGGUUGUGACUUUGUACAAAAACGUUUAGGCCCUGGUGCCACAUUCUUCAUUACAGAGUGUGUGUUUUUUUUUUUUAAUAAAUGGAGCAUGUGCUAGUUUAAGAAAAGCAUGCACUGUUGUCCUGCACUCAGGGCUUUGUCCCUCCCACACAACCCCCCCUCUCCACACCAUCUCACAACCACCACCACCACCACCACUACUACUGCCAUGUUCCAUUAAGAACAAACCCAUCACCCGCCUGAAAUCUUCCCACGCUCCUACCUUCUGCUCCGUCCACCUGCCUUGACUCAAAAAGGAAGCUGUGCUCCCUGGGAGUCUGGUCAAAUCAAAUGCAGCAGGGACUUGAACCAGCCUUACUCUUUUGUCAGAUAACAUUCACAGGCACCGUGUCCUCCAUGGGUUCUGGAAAUGUGGAUCUCCAAGCCCAGAAGUCAAAAACACACAUCUCACUACCGAACCUGACUGUGUGUUACAUUUUAGAGUCUCUUUAUUUUCAUGGGAUAACAUUGUACUUCAGAAGAUUUUUUUGUUUUUGUUUCGUUUUACGUCUCUCUACCUCUCACUUUGUUUAGUAUUGCCAAAAAGCGUUGAUUAAAUAACAAAGUGUUGGUGUGUCAGUGAUUUUUGAUAAGUCUGUAGAGUUCACAGUUUUACCUUUCUCACAGAAAUAUUCACAAAAUAUUUGCCAAACUGUAGGCUGAGAAUUAUAGCACUUUGGUUGCUACCAGAUCAAGUGACUCGCACUUUUGUGGUAGCAACGCACUGUGAAUAUGUGCACAGGAAUCAGUUAACCAACAGACCAAAAUGCAAAGAUGUUUUUUUUUAACGACUUCCCAUAUGGAUCAAAUUAACAACUAUGAGCACAGUUUUUGGUUCCAUGUUGUCUUAACAGCACUGUAACUAAAAACUGAAGCCAAUUCUAAUCAGUGACCCCAAGGUUUAGUAGCAUGUAGCUAAUAAUCUCCUUAAGGGAAAACUCUACAGAAAACCCGUGUUAAACACUCACACACCACCUGAAGUUUUGGAAGGUGUCUCUGAAUACUUUGUAGUUUGGUACUUUGAGGAUGACAGCAGCUGUUCCUCGCUUAAAUUAACAGCAGUUACAACAGACUCCAGCGCCCACUUUGUUGUUUGUCGCUGCUAGUUCAUCAAGCUGUCGGGGCUAGCAUGGCACCCGCAUUGUCACUAAUUGCACUCCCUGAAGAAGUAUUAUCCAAUUUUUGGGAACUUCGAAAAAGCUAUUUCAGAGAGAAGCGGCAGAAGGGUCUACAGUUUGUCUUUGAGGGAUAUAUCCAGGACGUCAAAGUGACUCCGCAGCAAAAGCACGCCAAAAAGAUAAAGAACGAAGCUAAAGCUACAGAUAACAAUGGAAAAGUAAGCCACUACAUCACCUGACAAUCCAGACAGAUGACUGUGAUACUAAAGAGAAACACUGCUCCUGUAAAGCAGGGUAGGUCAUUAAAGUAGUAUACCUUCAACAGCUAGUGUAGCAUAGAAGUGCUAGUUAAUGAUUGACUGUGCUGUACUGUGUUAAUAUUAGCUCCCCCAGGUGGCUUUUUGCACCAAGCAUUCAAGGACUAGGUCUUGAAUCCAAGCACAACCACAGAUGUUGUCCUCUGCAAAGGAGCUAGCUACAAACUUUUUUCCCUUAAAUCCUUAGUUUUUACUGGAGUUUUCCUUUUAAGAAAUGGGGUAAUACUCAAAUCCAAAACAGGUAACUGCACUGUCACUUUUAGCCACGUUUCAGGGUGAAACUCAAACGCAGCCCUGCUGUUUUGCCCGACAAUGUGUACAUGAAAACUUUACAGUUCAAGCAAAGCACAAACCAUUUCCUAUCAGGCUACAGCCACCGCAAUCCAGAGGCCCCUUUCAACUAAAUGUGUGAAGAACAGCAUUUAUACAUUUUACUCUGUAUCUCUGUGCUACAAAUUGUAGAUGUUAUCAGUACUUUUUUUGGGCCCUAUUCAGUCAAGGAAUCAAUGUAAAAGACGGUUUACAGCGUUUUUCUAAACUCACGCCUCAAAAUUAUCAUAUACUUGCUUAAUUAAAACGUCUACUUAUAAACUGCUUGUAAAACAUUUUUCUUAGACAUUUAUACACUGUACAAAUUUUUGCCUUUUUUUGUGUAUUGGUCAAUAUACUGUAUGUGUAAUGCUGCUUCUUUACUGCUGAUAUAAGUAUUACAUUUUAUACUGAGGCCUGUAAUCAUAUUUAAAUCAUGACUAACAGGCCUUAUUCAUGUUUAUACAUAAGUUAUUCAUAUUUAAAUCAUGAACGACAGGCCUGUAUUUUUUUAUAAGCAAAUGGUUAGAUAAUAAUGUAUGUUUCAUGUGCGCAAGACAUUUAAAAGUAGACCUGGUGAUCAAGUACACUCCGUAGCAACAUUUUUCUGCCAAAUUCGACAUAUUGUUAAGUGUAGCAUCUCUUUGUUGGCUGAGACUCAUCCCAGAAAAGCUGGUUAUUCAAUCUGACUGAAUAGGGUCCCUCGGCGUGGGGAGAGGUGGUAUGAUAGAUUUUGUACUCUCCUGUAUUGUUGUUUCAUUGCGGGGACUCCGCACGGCAGCGGGGAUGUCGAAUUGCACAAUGUAGCACUGGUCUCAAGCCUGGUAUCAGACUGGAGCAUGGCCAGACUGAACCAGACCAGACCAGAUCAGGCAGGAACAGUCUUUUUAUAUGUCUAUGUAAAUAUGUAUUCUGUAUAUACUGUAGUAUGUUUUUUUUUCUGGAGAGUUGACUUGCAGCAAACUGCCGGGACUCUGUGACUCUCCUCCUGAAACACAAGGCAGGGCCUUUCAUUUAUUUAUCACGACAAGAUGUCAACUGCAUCUCACACCCACACUCUCGUAUAUACUGUACAUCCAGUACAUGUAUUUGUAUAUGAAACAUGCAUGACACUUACAUAACAAGGCGAGGGUUGAGUGAAGAUUAAGGGUUUCUCGCUUGUUUUCUCAGAGAAACAGUGGUUUCAGAGAUAAAGUCACUUUGUAUUCAUGUUGGUAUUCAGUACCAUAAAAAUCAGAGUUUCUCAGCCUUUGCUGUCCUGUUACCACAUUUUAAAUCCCAGCUGUCAAAUUGUUAUGGGUUUGGAGUUAAGAGAUCAUUUAUUAAUGGACUCCUUCCUGGAUGAGGAUCCACCCAGAACACUUGACCCUUGGGUGCUAGCUUUCUCCAAUCAAACAAAUUAGAUCAAAGCUAAUUUAAUAAUUAUAUCCACAGCUAAAGCCAACUGAUUGUUUGCUAAGCCAUUAGCUACUGAUGCUACUUCUGCCAAGUGUUCCUUUCCUGCACAACACAGUCUACAAUAGCUGUGGCAGAUUUACUGUCGUAGUAAUUUUCAAAACAAUAAGUCUGUGACUCAGACAGUUGUAGACAAAAAAUCAUCCCUGCUAAUUACAGAAGCUAAUUAGUAAUAAAUUAGCUAACUAAGCUAACAUUAGCUGACAGAGCUGUUUACACAACUAUAAUCUCUGAUAGCAUCCAAGACCAAUUUCCACACAGUGAGAAACACUGAUGUUUUGACGUAAUUUUGACAUAAAUAUAAACAAAAAGUUGUUAAUUAUGUACUUUGUCGUGAAAGUAAUGUUUAAUACUGAAAGUUGUAAGAUAGUUAGCUGGACUUGCUAAUGAUUGCAGCUCCAUCACUUGCAGCUUUCGUACACUUUUGCUCGUGUUUUUUGUUUUAGAAAGGCAAGACAAAAGAUACCACCCUUGAAAAUCCUAAAAUGCCAACACAUUCACGCUCUCAACUCGCCACAUAUAUAUACUUAGUUUGGUGGUUUGCACACCACACCAGAGACCACGGUUUGCAUCCAGAGCCCCAUCUGUGGUUAGGUUUAGGCAACCAAAGCACUUCAGUUAAGUGUAAGGGAAGAUUGUGGUGUAGUUUGAUACAGUAAAAGUUCACUAACACUUCAAAACAAUGGCCUGCUUGACUCAACCUUCAAUGAAUUGGAAGUCUAUCAGACUACCUUGAAAAAUUACUCUAAAGUGUUACUUGCUGUGUUAAAAAGUACCAAGGUGUAAGCGUCCAUAUGUGACGAGUGAGAACGUCCUGUAAAUGCAGAGCACUGCUGUUCCUGCAGCCACAUGCACACCGCUUCAACUGUCGUUCAGCUCCGAUGGAUAAAUGUUCUUAGCAGUUAAAAACCGCAUGACUACACGACUACCAUAUUAUUCUUUGAUAUACAGUAUAGGUAUGAAACUGUGUGGUUCCUGUGUUUGGCAUGCAUGAAUUUGCCCUCAGGAAUAGGAAAGGAAAGCUGUUUGUAAAGGAACCCAGUGGAGUUGGAAGUCUUAACAUAAACUGGUGGGUUUGUCACAUUCGGCUGCAAUGUGUGAAAUCACUGUUCCUCUGAGGCUGUGUCAGUGUAGGAGUAACAAACAUAAGCAUUUAAAAAAUAUAUAAAUAUAUAAAAACCCUGCGCUACUGGACACAAACAAGCUUUAAUGAGGAAGGCUUACACCUCGCUGCCUGCCACCGCUCAUCGUUGCAUCUAUGUCACUCUGCCAAGGCCAUAUGAACCGCCCAUGUAAUCUUCACACAUAUAACAUGAAAGUUGUUUACUGUACCUUAUAAUAUUAACAAAGUGGUUUAAUUGAAUGCUCGUGAUGAAUCUCCUGUUUUAUCCUGAUGUUUUUUAUGGCAUGCAUCAAGUUUGCAUGUGUAGGUCUUUUCUAACAGAGGUGCACCAGUGGGUUUUAACGAAAAAAAAUUGUAAUAUGACAUCUUUGCGUGUUAUUUCAGAGUAUUUUAGAGAACUUUUUUGCCUUAAAAAUCUCACUGAUCAAUCUUGGAAUUGUGCAAUGCCUUCAGAUGUUUCUUUUUAAGACUGACUCUUGUUUUCUGAUUUGUUUUUCUUUCUUUCUUUUUUUUUGGUACAUUCAUGCACAGCCACUCCUCUGUCAGACUCAUCUCAGCAUUGUUCUCUCAGACCCAGUGGCUGAAGUGAUGUGAGUAAGAGGGAGGAUGAUCCGAACAGAAAAAAAAAAAAAAAAAAAACUGGGCUGUCUUGCUCUCAGCAAAGAGACAGAAUCAUUCAGCUGGGAAUAAUGUUGUCCAGCCUCAUACAGCCAUCGUUUAAAGUAACCACAGAUCUGUAUUUUUAUCUGAAACCCAAAUUCAUCAAACAAAUUGUUUUUUUAAUCAGUUCUCAUUUUAAAUCUGGCUUUUGCAUGAUGCUUGUAAUUACACUAAAAGACCAAUUAGAAAUUAAAGUUGUCCAUUGAUACAUGAUAUUUACUUCAGAAUCAGUUCCUGGGUUUAAUGAUAUUACAAGACAGCACAGGUUUUACUGUUCUAAUAGGAAAUAUGGAAGCCACAAACCAUUGAUCUAAAAUGACUAUUUCUGUAAGAAUUGAAGUCUUUAAAUAAAUAUUCAUAUCAA